ACAUUGGUUUCGCACGCCGUGUCGUGUCAGCCGUUUGAUUCGUCUACGUCACUACAUUAAUUGUCGUGAUCGUCGUCGUUGUCACCGUUACCGCAUCCGUACGUCAUCUUUCGUGGAUACGUGUACAGUACUACAGUGUCAUUUGGUGUAGUCAUCACGCUCAUUGCCUCCUCGAGCAACGUCACCGCCAUGGAUCACGUCGGUUUACUGCUACAGCAUUCGCAAUACGCGUACGCGAUUCCCGUGGGUAUUGUAUUGAUAUGUGCUAUCCUCGUCUUCGUCUUCGGUUUCAAGAAGGCUGAACAGCCGCCGUUCGCGCAACUCUCUGUGAGUUCUGACGCGGACCGGAAGCUCACUAAAAAGCGCGGCAAGAUCCGCGAGAAGAAAACUGUUAAUGGACAAAUUGGAUCUGAGAAAACAAGUCCAAUUAAGAAGACGUUAGCUCUAAAAGCGGAAGCUCCUAAAAGGGGCAUCAAAGGAGAUGAUGUUGAUGGUAAAUUAAAAGAUCAAAACCAAGAAGAUAACAAGAUUGUUGCUAUUAAGAAAGAAAAAGAGCAGCUUUCAACUAGGGUCAGCAAGGAGAACAAAGUAGAGCAGGUGAAAAACAAGAAGAAUUUAAAGAACUUAUUCCAGGAAAAACCAGUGGACUUUGAUGAUGGAGAUUGGGAGCAGGCUUAUUCACGUAAGGAUAAGAAAAACAAGAAGAAGGAAGAAGAAUCGCCGUCAAAGAAAAAUAAGAAAACAUCUAAGAAGACUGAUUUGAUAAAUGAGGCCAAGCAGAAGGAACAAGAGAAACCCGAGGUUAAGGACAAGAUCGCUAAGGAAACUGAAAAUAAGGAGCUCAAAGAGAAGGAGAAAAAAGAAGUAGUGCUUACAUCUAUUUCCAAUGAGGAGAUAAGUAAAGAAUCGCUAAAAGAGGAACAAAGCAAGGUUGAGAAAAUUGAUAAAGAGGAGAAGAAAGCUGGAAAAUUAAAGAAGAAUAAGAAAACUGCUGAAGACGAGAAUACAUCCGCUUCUGUGCCAUCUACACCAAAGACAGAUAAUAAGCCUAUUAUAGAGGAACAGCAGAAAAAGCCGGCCAGUGCAGAAAAAGUAGCUAAAAAUGUGGAGGAAAAUAAAAUGGUAGAAAAUAAAGAGAAAACUGCUGUAUUUGAUGAGUUAGGAGAUGUUUGGACAGAAGCAAAAUCACAGAAGAAGAGUAAAAAAAAGGCUCGUAAAGAUAACUGAGGAUAAUUAUGCAUAACAUUAAUGAUAUUGCUCCUUGCGAAAGGGGAUAGAGUGAGAAUUCCAUUCAGUUUAAAAGGCGUUUGUCGUUAACGACAAAUCAGGUGUGUUCUAAGUGACUCGUUAAUUGCCACCUGACUAAAUUGUUCCUUUUUCCCCUUGUACAUAAUAUCUAUCGAACCUAAGUUGUUCAAUUAUUAUUUUUUAGUUAUGAUCUCGAAUGAUCGCGCGAGAAUAGCAUGUAUAGAACGAAGUUUUUUGUACGGUUUCCUACCCUCCUUCCAUUUCUUGUAGUCUGCAAUAUCUUGCAUUUAAGAAUGGCAUAACUCAUAGUUUUUAUAAUUACUACACCAUCCUUACGCAUUAGAUUUCGUAGAUACUUUUAUACAUGUCCAUAAUAUUUUUUUUCUAAUUAUAGAAUAUUUUAUUUAUAAUUAUAACUAUAUACAUAUACGUACGUGUGUGUGCGUAUGCGCGCGCCUGUGUGUGCGUGCGUGUGUGCGUGUGUGUGUGUGUGUGUGUUAAAUCUGUAUCAUAAAAUGUUUUAUAAUGAAUGUUAUAAAUGAUACUUAUGCCAUUUA